ACGCUUCGUUUUGACCAUGCUACAGUCUCUCCAACAUGAGUGUAUUCUACAGUAAAACAUCCACUUGUCUCGCCUGCUGGCGGGCCGCCUGUUGUUUUUAAAAUAAUGAGUUUUAUAUUUAGGGUGAGCUGUUUUAUUGUCGUGACAUUAGUGUCGUGACAUUAGUGUCCUCGCCGCGCCGCCGUAGAGGCUGCUGGGAGAGGGGCGGGGCCGGCGUUGUCGGGGCGACGUUGCCAUGGCGACGUUGCCAGGGCGACGGCAGUCCUCUGAACUUUAGCGACGCAGAUUUCCGUCUCAACGACCAGAAACCAGUGGCGUCAAUUCAGUCAAAGCCAAGAAACAUGGACGGGAGUCUGGUGCCCUUCCUGCCCGCCGUGAUGGUGGCGGUGGAGCAGCUGGAGAAGCUGGGGCAGCUGCUGGCCCCCCACCUGGCGGGGGCGGCGGCCCCCCUGACCCCCGAGGCCGGCACCCACCUGGCGGGGGCGGCGGCCGCCGUCUCCCAGCUGGAGGCGGACAGGUGCGCCGCACACCAACACCUGGAGGCGGCGACCAUAGAGAACACCAGCAUGAGGGAGCGGGUUCACGCCGGGCGUGAGCACCUGAGCGCGGAGAACCUGGGGAACGUGGGGGACGUGGUGGCCGCGAGAGCCGCCGCCCAGCGGGAGGUGGAGGCGCUGGGCGCGGAGCUGCAGGCGGCCCGACAGCGCCGGGAGGACGCCGCACACCUGCUGCAGGACCUGCUGCACCAGAACCACAACACGCAUGCGUCCCGCCAGCAGCUGAAGGCGCAGCGCGAGCUGGUCGUCGCCGCCCUGAGUGACGUGGCCGUCCAGAGACGCAGCUCGGAGGAGCAGCUGGAGCAGACGCGGGCGUCCAUCGAGGAGCUGGAGCCCCAGACGGCUGCAGCCAGGCGGGAGGUGAUGCUGCUGGAGGAGAGCAUGGCGCUGGAGAGGGCCGCCUGCCCGGAGCAGAGAGACGCCCUGUCCAGGGAGGAGGAGCAGGUCCAGGUGGAGAUGACGGCACAGAAGAAGAAGAACAGGACGGGCCAACGAGAGCUGGACAAAACCAACAAAUUAAAAGGGGAGAGCCUCAGACGUCAGCAGGAACUCGAGUCGUACAUGGUGGAGGUGGGCCAUGAGAUACAAAGACUGAGGGAGACUGUGUCCGAGCAGCAGCUCGGGGACGAAAACAAGAAGCAGCAAAAGCUGCAGCAGCAGAUAGAGACGCUGAAGGAGUUGAUGGAGUCUGGGAAGCACUUGGGCCCUGCAGUCGGUGAGGUUCAGCAGCGGAUUUCCAUGAUGGAGAGGAAAAUAGAGGAGGGCUGGGCCUCGAAGCUGCAAUUACAGGACACCCUGUCUCAGAUCUGGGAGGAGUUAGAGCAUCAGCGUGGUAAAGAAGUUAAGUCAAGAGCCGAGCACGGCCAGUUGGCGCAGCAGCUGGAGCAGCAGCUGGGCCUGCAGCUGGACCUGACGCUGUGGAGGCAGAGGGGCAUGGCCUCCGCGGCCAAACACAGGGACGAGAUCCGAGUCAUUGAGGAGGAGAUCAACCAGCUGGUGGAAGAAGACUUCAUCAGCAGGCAGGGUUUUACGAGUGACAAGGAGGAGUUGUGCAGAGAGGUGGAGUGGGGGAAGCUGAACCUCCACCGCGGCUCGGAGGAGAUGAACCCCGUCACUCGGCUGCUGGAGGAAACGCAGAAGAAGCAGGAGGAACACGAGGCGAAAAUGAGGUCUGACAUCGGCCACGUGAGGAGGAGGCACGAGGAGCUGCUGCUGGACCAUCAGCAGCGGAUGCUGCGGCUGCAGCUGCCCGAGGGCCCGGACCUGGACCUGCUGAUGAGCCACAUGGCCCAGUCUGAGAAGGAGCAGACGCGGAAGGAGAGCAGCCUCCGGAAGAGGCUGCAGAAGUGCAUCACAGAGACGGAGCGCACCAACAAGAGCAACGAGGAGAAGCAGAAGGAGACGGAAGAGAAGGAGGAUCCCCUCCUUCUCAAGGAGCUGGAGGACAAGUGCGAUGAGGAAGAGAGCAGGGCUGAGGGGCUGAAGGUCCUCACCUCGGAGCAGAGCAGGGGGCUGGCCGAGCUGCAGAGGUCCAGCCACGCCAUGGAGGAAGGAACCGGCCUGCUGAUGCAGCCCAGGGCCGAGCUGCAGGAGGAGCUGGCCGCGCUGCAGCGGCGGCACCUGGAGCUGCUGGAGCAGCAGGCCUCGGAGCUGAGGGCCGUGGAGCUGAGCCUCUACGAGGCCGGCGUUUAUCUGCAGCAGGUCGGCCCGGAGAACCGCCGCCUGCACCUCUCCCUGAGAAGCAUGGAGGACGAACUCCUAGCAGCCAGGCAGCAGGCAGAGCGAGACCAGCAGCUGACCCGGCUGUUCAGCCACAAGACACAGGUGCUGCUGGAGGGCUUGCAGGAGGUCUAGAGGGCUCAGGGGAAGGACGCUUCAGUCCGUGCAGGUGGACUCCAAGAGAAGUCAGGAGACU